CAGGGCCAGCUAGAAAGCGUAGGGUGUAUCGGUGCAUGAUCUCAAUCACACCGGUUAGACGAUACAGGACGAUCAUCCAAUUCGGAUGGUUUGCGGCCUUCGAUUAAGUAGUUUAAAGUUCCGGUAUACUUAAGUACCUACUAUGAACACGCAACAUGUCAGACAUAUUUGAGCAAGUAUAUGUGGAAAGUUUGGAUGAAGAUUCCUGGAUCUACGAAGUGCUGGAUCCACUCGAUAGUGAAGAACGAAUUGAAGAUGCGAAUGAGAGUGCAAAUGCACCAUCAACAAUUUUGAAUUUUGAUGUUCAAGUACCAGUUUAUUCAAAAAUUCGGAAUGGAGAGGAAGAAACGUCAAUAGCCUCAAAUAUUGAUAUUAUAUCAAUACCGAAAAACGCUGUCGAAGCGAGAAAAACGACGCAGCACAAGCGCGGCACUGUUCCAGUCCCUCGUAGUUGUUUCCCAGUGGAAACAGUUGUAUGUGGUGUGGUGAAUACAACUUCCUCGAUCUCCGAAGUGUUAGAUCCACUCAACACUGAAGCACGUAUUGAAGAUACGGAUGCCAGUGCAUAUACAUCGUCUAUGAUUUCAAACUUUGAUGCUCGACUAGCAGAACCAAGUCAUCCAAAAAUUCUAAAAAGAGAGAAGAAAAUUUCGAUAGUUCCGAACAUCGAUAUGGAGGAUUCUCUAGAAAACCAAUCGAGUAUAUCCGGAAGAGUGAAGAAUACGCUGCGGUACGAACGAGCCACUGUUCCAUUUCCUCGUAGUUGCUUCGUGGUGGAGCCAAUCGUUAGUGGUGUCGUGGAUGAGAAUUCCUGUAUCUCAAAAGUUUUUGACCCACUCGGCACUGAAACACGUAUUGUAGAAACGAAUGCGAGUGCAAAGUUUAAUUUUCGAGUAUCGGACUUAAGUCGUUCUAAAAUUCAGAGCGGAGAGAAGAAGGCGUCGGUAGUUUCGAAUCUGGAUAUAGAAGCAUCUAGAGAAAAUCAUUCGAGAAUCGCCGGUGGAUCGAAGAAAAAAUCACAGUACAAACGCGCCGCUGUUUCAUUCCCUCGCAGCCUCUUUGCAGUGGAACCAGAUGUUGGUUGUGUUGAUAAAGUGAAUAUCAAGGCACCACGAGAAAGUCAUUCGGAAAUCCCAGGUGAAACAACGAAAACGUAUCAGUACAAGCGCGUCGUUGUUCCAUUUCCUCAUAGUCCUUUGGUGGAGCCGGAUGUUAGUGGCGUAGCUUGGUUGAAUAAUGAUCACUCUAUCCCUGGUGCUAACGAUAGCAACCCGUUUGAUAUGCUGGGUGUAAUGGAUGCAGAGGUUUCAAACAUCAAUUUGCGUUUGUCGAAUCCAUGUCAUUCAAGAAUUCAGACAAGUAAGGAGAAAACGUCGAUAGUUUUGAAUGAGAAUCUAGAAGCGUAUCAAGAAAGUCUUUCAAUAAUCGCAGAUAGAACAAAAAGAACGUCGCAGUACAAGCACACCGUCCUUCCAUUUUCUCAGAGCCGCUUGUUAGUGACACCAGAUGUUGGUUGUGUCAACAUAGUGGAUAUCAAACCAUCCCGAGAAAGCCAUACGAGUAUCCCAAAUGGAGUGACGAAAAUGCCGCAGUACAAGCGCGCCGCUGUUCCAUUUGCACGUAGUCUCUUUGUAGUAGAGCCAGAUGUUAGUGGUGUUGUAGAUCGGUUGAAUGAUGAUAUGUCAGUCCACGGUGUUAACAAUAACAACCCUAUUGACAUGCUUGGUGCUGAUCAGGAGGGAAAUGUCAAUAGAUGGCAGCCAAGCAAACUACAUAACAUGAUCAACCAAUCCCGAGGACCUUGGGCAAAUUUGGCUCAACCUGGAAAUAAACGUGGCGUACUGAAGGACGUUUCAACUAUCUCAAAUUUUAAUGAACGAAGACGAAUGAGCUCAGUCAGAGCUAGUUACGAUUCUACCAAUAAUACGUGGAAUGAGUAUCCAUCCUUUCAGCAUAUUGAAGCAUCCACUCCUAAAACUCAUAUUCCUGCUGCUAUGAAUCUAUCUAUCAACGACAUUUCAAAUGAUGAAGUUCCAUUGAAUCUGGCGAUGUCCAAGUCACAAGAAAACGAUUCAGUUCAUCGGGAACCAGCGUCAGGGGCGCUUGACUUGAGACGGAAAAGUGAUGUAAUAUUAUUUGAUCCAGUAAAGAUUACACAUCAGCAGGCAGUAAAAGAAUUUUACGAUGAACCCAAGAAAGUAUCACCAAAUGAAAUCUAUAAGGAUAAUUUAAUUGGAAUGUCGCAUAUCGAAGCACAAGUUGAAAUAGCUCCCUUAGUCAGAUCUUCAAUCCAAGCUUCCUAUUUGAACGAUGAUGAAUAUGACAACGAUUUCACAGAUGACGCAGAUCCAGAUUGGCUACCUGAUGGUGAUGCCACACUUCUUAACGACCUUUCCAUCUACGAAUAUUUUGAAAAAUUCAAGAACCAUGACCUUUCUGAUCACGACGCGUAUUCUUCAUCUGAGGCAGAAAACGAUGCAGCUGAUAUUGCAGAACCUCAGCCAAAACGCAGUAAACUUCAUUUGCAGAAAAAAAAUAAAAAACUCAAAGAAAAGGGGUUGCCAUACAAAAGAAAUGAUGGAACUACCAUUCCGGCAAGAUUUGUUAAACCACCGUGUUGUUGCAGGAUGCGGUGUUUCGAAAAAUUUUCAGAACCGAUCCGAAAUAAAUUACUACAUGGACUCCUUGCUUUAACCCAAUCUGGACAGAAUCAAUUUUUAUCAAGUCAUAUUUCAAUCAUCAACACGAUUCGUCCCAAGGUACUCAUUUCGCGACGCACCAGAUCUCGAAUCUACAGACUACCAGGUGUUGGUGGAGCGGUAAAGGUAUGCAAACUAAUGUUUAUGUCCACGUUUGACCUUAAGGACAGGAAAGUUCGUGUUCUUGCCGAUAAGCUGGUUCUUGGUGUCGGUAUUGCUGGAGAUGACAAGCGAAAAGAUAACAUUUCUAGAAAGCAAAUUGAUCCUGCCCAUGUGGAUUACAUUAUCAAGCAUAUCAAGUCGUUCCCGGCAGAGGAAAGCCAUUAUGGCCGAGAAAAAUCAACCUGCCUAUUCUUAUCUGCAGAUCUAACAAUCAGUCGUAUGUAUGAGCUCUACCAGAAUCAAUGUGGUGCAGAUAACAUUAUUCCUGUUCACUAUAAUACGUAUCGUCUUGCAUUUAAAUCGUUGAAUAUCAAGUUCCGCAAGCCGAAGAUUGACACCUGCAACACGUGUGAUAUGUUGAAAGUGGAGUUGCAGGUGGAGAAAGAAACAAAUAAACGAGAGGAGAUAUUAGCACGAAAACAAGCGCAUCUUGCGGAAGCAGAAGGAAUGUACAACGAGAAAAAACAAGAUAGGCUGAGAGCAAAUACUAAUACUUCUGUGAGGACAAUAUCUUUUGAUUUGCAGAAGCAGCUGGCUACUCCCCACUUGACCUGUGGUCGUGCAUUCUACAGCCGUCAACUUUACACAUAUAACCUGACGAUUUUUGAGACGCAGGUGGGUACUAAUGUACCAAUCUGUUAUAUGUGGGACGAAACACGAGCUAAACGGGGUUCUAGAGAAGUAGCAUCAUGUCUAUGGGCCUAUUUCAAAAGUUUACCUGCAAAUGUAGAAGAGAUUGUUAUGUAUAGUGAUCGCUGUGCUGGCCAAAAUAAUAAUCGUACAAUCUUAUUUCUCAUGGCUUAUGUAAUUGAAAUGAUGGCGUUCGAAGGAAGAAAGUUUUCUCUUUGUCACAAGUUCAUGACCAGCGGCCACAGCCAUAUGGAAUGCGAUACAAUUCACUCUGCUAUUGAGAGGGCAAAGAAAAGAACGCAAGUCAACAUUGAAACGCCUCGUGACUGGAGUUUGUUUAUUUCUUCAAUUAAACGUAGCACUCCGAUUGUCGUAAAGGACAUGAACCAAACAGAUAUUCUGAAUUGGAUUGUUUUAGAUAAAAGGUACACGUUGCCAAAAUUCUCGACUGAUAAUGAACCCUUCAAGUUCAAAUCAGCCAGAAUCUUUCUUUGCUCUACGGAAACACCAGGCAUUGCAACUUACCAGAAUGGUUUAGAUGAUACUAAUCCCAAGCAAAUCAAUCUCUUGACAUCAAAGUCCACACCGUUGCUGAAGCUACAAAUCGAUCCUAUAUUUACAAGUCCCAUUCAACUGCCGACGGCCAAAUUGGAAGACCUGCGCCGGCUGUUACCAUUCGUGGCUCAAAAGUGGUAUUAUGAAGCGUUCCUCAAAACCCUGGCUCCUCCUGGACGAGGAAGAAAAUUGAAAAUUGUUGACAAUCAAGGCUUUGAUGAUGAUUUGGAUGUUGAUGUCGAUGAUGACUAAAUAUUGAAAACAAAAAACCGGAAAUGAAUAUACAGUCGUAUUCAAAUAA